UCUGUGAGUUCAUCGUGUGUCUGCCACACGUUACCGGCAGCGGCACUUUUAAACUACUACUCCGAGAAGUCGGGAGAGACGACGCUUCAUAUUUGACAAACAAGGAGUGUGUGGGAAGAGAAGAAGACGCGGAAGAAGGAGUUGUAACUUUUAAGCUGUUUUUGUCGCGCGUAGAAUUGCUGGUGUCACUGGAAGAGAGUCAAAGACUGUCUGUAAAGAAGAGAGUCAGACAGAGACGGGGAAGGCUGCCAAUCAUGUUUUAAGUCAACGCAGCAUGAUGGCUCUCACCAUACAUUCCUGCCUUCUGUUUUACCAAAUGAUGGUAUCAAGAGGUCAGGACUCCUUUUUGUUUUCUGGGAAUACUUUAUUGAUUCCACAGUGAGUUGCCAUAUUUCUCUCCAGUUAGUUGGACAUGAACAAAAGCAUGGUUUCUAACGAAUCAUGUCACAACACCACCUGCAAUGACACUCUCACCGUGAAUGGGGAUGGCAAGCCAGCGACGAGCAUCAUCAUGUUUUUGGCCGGCGUGGUGGGGAACCUCCUGGCUCUCUUCAUCCUCGGAGCGCACCAGAAGGAGCAUCGCUCCAGGUCCUCGGUCUUCUGCAUCCUGGUGACCGGCCUGGCCCUCACCGACCUGCUGGGCACCUGUCUCCUCAGUCCACCCGUGUUCAUCUGCUACGCUCGCAACCUGUCCCUGAUAAGUCUGGGCGGCAAAAGACUGUGCAGCCUCUUUGGCUUCGCCAUGAGUUUCUUCGGCCUGGCGCCCAUGCUCAUCCUGUGCACCAUGGCUGUGGAGCGCUGCCUGGCCAUCAGCCACCCUUAUUUCUACUCUGUGCACAUCCGCCGCAGUUUUGCCAAAUACACUCUUUUCUUCAUUUACCUCUUUUCUUUGGCCUUCUGCCUCCUGCCAUACAGCGGCUAUGGCAAAUUCAGACAGUACUGUCCCGGGACAUGGUGCUUCAUUGACAUGGAUGCGACAGGGGAUGACCAGGCCAACUUGGUGCUGGCCUUCUCUCUGUCCUACUCCUCCCUCAUGGCGCUGCUGAUCUUUGCAGUGCUCGUGUGCAACGGCUCGGUGAUUGUCAGCCUGUGCCAGAUGCACCGGAGCCAGAUGAUACGGCGCGGCUCGGUCGGGUCGACGGGGAGGAGGAGGAGGCUGAGCCUGGCCUGGUUCGGACGGGGGGAAGAGGAGAUGGACCACCUGGUGUUGCUGGCGCUCAUCACUGUCAUCUUUGUGGUCUGCUCCCUUCCACUCACUAUUGCAGGCUUCAUCAAUGCCAUUCACCCAUUUUGCGGUGACACAGAGAACCUAACGGCCUUUCGCUUCUAUGCCCUCAACCCCAUCGUGGAUCCAUGGGUCUUCAUCAUCUGCCGGAAGUCCGUGUUUCGCCACCUUUGCUCUCUGCUGAGCUGCCGCUUCAGCAAAGGAGCUAUGAAGACGACAGCGCACUGCGCUCUGUCCUUACCCCUUGAUAAUCACAUACAGCGCAACCCCCCAGACGUGACAGUUCCACAAACCAACAUGUUCUCCAGUUUACCUCUGUGACCCAAAGGAAACCCUCGACUACGGAGGCUGAGGGGGCAAACUUUGGGGCAGAUUUGUGAAAUAAAACUUUUAACAUUUGCAUACAGCA